CGCAAACAGGCGUGAACCGAUGUGGAAGGAAUGUUCGUCUGAAUAUUUUAUCUAACGCAAAGAAAAGGGGGGGAAAACGCGUGGGGAAAUUCACAAUCGGGAAAAGACGCGGCUGAAUCGCGCGGCUCCAUUCACGCCGUGUCUACUAUCAGGAACAGUGACUGCGCUCGUGCGAAGAGAGACCGCUCACAAAUCUGCGGAGAGAGAGAGAAAAAAAGGGACGGGAGAGCUCCAGACAAACGGAAACUGUGGCCAGACUCCAGAGGAAGUCAAUUGAUUUCGCCCUUCUUGAUGAGAUAGAUUUACAAGCGUGUCUGUCAGACCGUCUGUCAAAGCAAUCAACAGUUGGUGCGAGCGCGCGAUUAAAGGGACUUUGCAUGCGCGAGACGCUUCAGUGAUGGGUGUGUGAUUUCAGCACCUCAGCCCUAUGGACACCCGCUUGCGUGUGACUGAAUUGUUCAGUAAUAUGGAAGACAGACUGUUGCACAUCGUGAUGCAUUGGAUGCUUUUGCGCGUUUAGUACACCACAGCAGACCAGAGACACGAGAAUGAGCAGUCUAUUCACGGAUCCCGGUGCUUCUGCGUUUAUUCACGUUUUGCAUUUGCUGUAAAAAGACUACAGACAGAGAGAACCCCACACAGUCCACCCUCACUGGAUUUAAGGGCGCAUUGUUGCUUUUCCCCUUGACCUUGCCUUGUGACGCUCAAAAGCAGCAUGUUAAUGAUGGAGAGCAGCGGGAUAGACGCGCAUCAGGUUGAACUGGACACCGACUAUGAGCCGCACUGCCGCCCGAGGUCGUGCACCUGGCCGCUGCCGUGUCCGGAGGAGGAGAGCCGCGCGCUGCCGGUCAAAGUGGAGCCGCGCAACGUGCCGGCGUGCCGGAGCGGAGGGGCGCCGACGGAGUUCAAGCAUCCAGCCGGCGCCCCUGCUCCUAUCGCGGCCGCCCCUGCGUGCAUGUCCGGCGCCGCGCUGGAUGUGGCCGGCCAGCUGCGCAAAUCCAAGUCGUCACGCCGGAACGCGUGGGGCAACCAGUCAUACGCGGAUCUGAUCACGCGUGCCAUUGAGAGCACCCCCGAGAAAAGGCUCACCCUGUCGCAAAUCUACGACUGGAUGGUGCGCUUUGUGCCCUAUUUCAAGGAUAAAGGAGACAGCAAUAGCUCCGCCGGCUGGAAGAACUCCAUCAGACACAACCUCUCCCUACAUACCCGCUUCAUCCGUGUUCAAAAUGAGGGAACAGGAAAAAGUUCCUGGUGGAUGCUUAACCCAGAGGGUGGAAAGAUGGGCAAAGGGCCUCGAAGACGAGCUGUAUCCAUGGACAAUGGCACUAAAUACCUGAAGAGCCGAGGCCGAGUCAGCCGGAAGAGAGCAGGAGCUGUGGGAAUGGGCCGAGAGCUUGGAGGACCUGGAAUACAGGGAUCACCAGAACAUGGAAGCCCAGCUGGUAAGGGAGUAAUGGGAGUUGGGGGUGAAGAGUUUGAUGCUUGGACAGACCUCCACUCCAGAACAAGCUCUUCUGCGUCAACGUUAAGUGGAUGCUUGUCUCCAAUUCUGGCUGAGACAGAACCUGAUGAACCAGAGGAAGGAGGACUUUCCUGCUCAGCCUCCCCAAGACUCUACCCUAGCCCCACCAGCACAAGAUCUCCAGCCCUGGGAACAGGGGGACACUGUCCAUCUGUCGAGCUCCCACACCUAGCUGAUCUAACUGGAGCCAUCAGCUUGGAAGAGGGCUUCUCCCAGCCUCUACCACUUAAGCGCAAUGGCUAUCACUAUGGCCCUGGACCCAAAGGAGAGACAUCCUACUGUGGAACAGUCUAUGGCCAACCAUCCAUGGGCAUGCUUAGGCAUCAUACGCCUAUGCAGACAAUUCAGGAAAACAAGCCUACCAGCUUCCAGCGUGCUCUUAGGGCAUACUCGGAGAACAAUGCCCUUGAAAGUCUGCUUGCAGGAGGGCCACAAUACUGCGGUAAGGACAUGGUUGUGGGGCAAGGAGCAGCAUCCCAUUCCCUUAUGUCACAAUCUAACAGCGCCGUGCACUCUCACGGCCACAAUCAAAGCCAGAAUCACAAUCAUAACCAAGAGCAUGGCCACAAUCGCAGUUCCAGUCAGAGUCUUCACAACGGCCAUGGAGUAACCCAUGAGCAAAACCCAAGCCAUCAUCACAAUCCCAAUCAAGCUCAUAAUAAGCAUCACCCAAGUCUUGACUACAAUCAUCACAAACACCACCGUGGCCAUGACUACGUUCAAUCUCAUGACCACAAACUCAAUGCUAGUCCCAAUCCUAACCACAUGCACAAUCACCUGCAACACAACAGCUCCAGACAACCAGACCUUUCUCCCAGGGUGAACAAUGACAUGUUGCAACCCUACAACCACAAAUCACCCAGCCUUUAUGGCUCACGUGCUCACCUCCCUUCUACUGCCCUGCCUCCUAACCCUGCCAGUGUCUUGGAUGUACCCCAAGACCCUUGUCGCCUGGCUUCAGCCCCCCACCCUCGCCAUCAGUCCUACCCAGGUUCCCACCUCCACCAGGGCAUGACAGAACCCUGGCAAGGGUAUUACCACCACACAUCACAGAAUCCUAAUUAUCAUGGCAACCACCAAGCUAACCAUCACCAGGAUCCUCACAACCGGUUGCAGUCCGAGCUGGAAAUGGAUGUGCACCAGAGCAGUCUGGAUUGCGAUGUGGAAUCCAUCCUCCUGAACGACUUCAUGGACUCAACAGAGGGAAUGGACUUUAACUUUGACGGGUCGCUAUCACAGGGUGUUGGCAUGGGAAUGGGUUUGGGAAUGGGAAUGGGAAUGGGGGUUUUUGCAGGACCUCAGCAAUCACACAACAGCCAGAGUUGGGUGCCUGGGUGAACCGUGGGGGCAUUGAGGACCUACAUAUAGGCAAGCGUUCAACCAUACAGCCUUCUGAAGGGCAGCAGGUCAAGUUGGGAACUCACAUGAACGAAUUGACCAAGAUUCCCUUUUGCUGAUGUCAGAUUCUGGACUCAUGAUUAUCCCUUGCCCCAUCCCCUUAACCCCCCCCCCCCCCAUUCCAUUUUCUCUGCUGUGGAAUAAUGUCAUAGCGCCCUAACAGUCCUUUCUGUGGUUCAUGUCCUUCAGUUUGUGCUCAAUUCAUCACCUCCAUGUCUUUCUGGGCAAAAGCUCUGAAGCACUUUACAUCGCCAUCCAUUCCAAUGCUGUAACGACCACCCCGCGACCUAGGAGGAAUCACAUUGUCUGCUGGCCUGGGUUUAAUGUAUGCAAACGACUUUGUUAUCCUUCCUGAACAAAAAAAAGUAAAUAAAUAAUUAAGCGUUGGUGUUGUUUUACUAAACAUGAGUACAGGAUUGAGCAGUUGCUAUAGCUGUCUGAGUGUCUGUGCUGUCAUUUGUGUAUUCGUCAGUGUGUGCGGGUGUGUGAGUGUUUGAGUGUGGAGCUGCUUUUCUUUUUGGUAAAUGUACGCACCUCCUCCCAAGUAGGUCUAUUGGAUGUCCCUUUAUUGUGGGCCAGGACAGUCAUCCAUCAGACACACUCUAUUGAUAUUCAGCAUAUCCUUUUUAAUCUCCAAAGUAAUGCACCAGCUAUGCAUCACUGUUGCAAAUAGAAUGUGAUGCUUGGAGAGCGCAGGGCUGUUUUUCCCCCGGACACAC